AUGGACCCAACUGUUAUUAUAUCUUCUUUUCUUAUUCUAUUCUUCUUCGAAUUCAAUAUAAAUUUAUUUGGGGGUAUUGGGGUUGCCAAUAUUUUGACAAUCCCGGAACUCAUCGACCACACUAGUCGUGCAAUCUCAGGCGCUACCAUGAUCUCUGGACUAAACGAGAUCGUCGGUCAGAUCAGAGAAGCUCAGGCCGCUGCAACGUAUUUAUUAUCAUCAGACUACGAGUUCUCUGACAGCUUUCAGGAACAACAGGAAAAACAACAUGAUAAUAUCACCAACGACAAUAUCACAGUAUCAGGCGAGGUACCUUCGGUGUCUGAAGAUCCUUUCACUUCAGGCUCGUAUAGUUCCAGAAAUAUGGAUGAAUUUCUGGAAAACUCGACCGCAACACUUAAUUCGUCAGUCAUUGCAUCUCGCUAUGAGGUUCCACGGUCUAGAACUUUGGAAGAAAUCGCAUUAUACGUCUGGGCAACUAUCUGCGCUUUAACCUUCCCGGUAAUAAUUGUUGUUCUGAAGAAUGUGAUCAAGCUGUCUAACCAGAUGAGCGAGCUGAUCCUAAACGAUAUCAACCACCAUACCACCUCUCAAAUGCGUGAUGUGCACCGCUCGCUGACACGACAGAUACAAGGUCUCGAUAUGCAUCAUAUUAGAGAAAGAAUAGACAGGCUUUCCAGAGAAGUCAGAAACUAUCUCGACGAAACGAUGCAAAGUCUAAGGCCUUUGAGUGCCCUGUCCGGAAAACUGGAAACAAUCCGCAGAAGCAUUCGUGAAAAAACCGACACGGGAAAUUAUGAGGACCAAAAUAUAUUGGAUGAAAAACUCCAGGCUAUUGAGAAUGGGAACCAAAGUAUUAUUCACCAGAUACAAGAACAAACGGCUUUCUACGAUGAGCUCCUUAAAGGAAUUAGCAGGCUCGAAGAGAAAUUAAAACUCUCUGUGAAAUCCCCCGGGCCCCCAACAGACGACCCGAAAUAA